AUGGCUUCAACAUCGCAGAAUGAGAGCUCCGCGUGGAAGUCUGCAAUACUGCCGCAGGAGGUUUUUGAUAAAAUUGCACUGCUUUCGGGAAGAGAUGGCCGCGCCAUAAUGACACGUGUGUCAUCCUACUUCAAGCAUGCUUUCGCAGGUGCCCAUUACAACGCCGUUCGUUUCACGGACACGCAACGCAGACUUUCAUAUACCCUCAAAAUGUUCAUAUUUACCUGCGAAGAAACCCCGUUCACGUCCGGCUCUGGAAAUCGUCCGUUUAACCAUUAUAUUAAAGCUGCGAAUAUUGAAUACUUCGAUCCUCCUCAGGGACCCACAGAGAUUACAGGAUGGAAAUUCGCGGCUGAUAGCCCCAGACUCGGCUGGAAUCCCGACAGUGAUCUACCUUCCCGUAUCGUAAAAGCAAUCAGCCUCAUGCCCAAUGUCGAAUUCUUGACUCUGAUAUUAGAUCAUUUUACCGCGGAGCAGCAUAGCCAAAUGAGUGUCAGGAACCACUUUUACAAUGCUGUGGGAAAAUACCAUCAAAAGCUUGAGCGCCUUCAUCUUGCACUCAGACACGGGGAUUUUCCGUCGACAGAGACGGCUAGUGGUAUGCCUGAAUACGCUACGAACCGCAUUCGUCAAGACUUUGGACGUCUCAAGUGGCUUACAUUGGAGUUCAAUCACUGGCAGGGGUGUUGGCAUAAUAAAUCAAGUUUCAAUACGCAACGAGAUAAGUUCGUCGAGGCCAUCAAGAAAUUAAAGCACCUCGAGCGUCUAGCUUUUACAAUCCGCAAGUGCCACAUACCACAGGACAGCAACAUCGUUGUAGGAGGAGGGGACCGAUCGGCGUUGUAUAAAGAGGUUAUUCAGUUUUUGGGUGAGAAAUCACCUACCCUUCUUUCAAUCGCCAUUCUCGUGGACUACCCGACGUACUACUUGGGGGAAAGAGAUAGGGUAGGCGCGGCAAUGUCGACCGUUUGUAUGGACGCGAGAAAUCUACGUCAUGAUUCAUGGCCAACAGGGGUACGCGAUGACUAG